UAACCGACCCAAAGGAUAUGAUAUUCAAGGAUUUCACUGGUUCGGUCUAUCAGGCAAAAGAGAUCAAGGAGCCAUUAGCUGCAUAUCGUGGGAAGAGACUCCUCAUAUACGGAGGAGGAGAAACUGCUGCUGAUAUAUGCUCAGACUGGUUUAAUCAUUCCAGUACUAUCUACUGGAGUGUUCCAAGAGGUCAACAUUUUUUCCGACGUUACGGUAAAAUUCUGCCUUGGAAGAAACCUCAAGCGUUUGAUAAGGCAUCAUCACAUUUGCUUAGAAUGAUAACACCUUUUCACUGCAGUAAGCCCGGGCUUGCAUGGAUAUGUAAGUGGACUACCAGUGGAUCAUUGCUAGCCUAUCAAGGUCAUGGAAUACCAGAAUGGAGAAAUGGUACUCCAUUUAUGCAUCAGUUUAUUAAUAAGAAUGGGCACAUUCUUGACCUAGUCGACUACAAGAGAUUAAUGCCUAAGGGUGCCAUCACUUCCUGCAAUGGAAAAGAAAUAAAGUUUGCUGAUGGCUCAAGCUCAGAGUUUGAUAUUGUCAUACUGAGCACAGGCUACAAAGAGUCUUUCUCUUUUUUACCAGAAGAAAGGAGGCCACAAAAUUUUCUCGAAUUGCACAAGCAUGUUCUCAAUAACGAAGACCCAUCUCUUGCUUUUGUUGGAUACAUUCGUCCAGUGAUUGGCUCCAUGUUUGCAAUAAUUGAAAUGCAAUCAAGAUGGCUAGCAAGGAUAAACAGUGGUAGCAUCCCACUGAAGCCAGAAGCUGAGAGGCUCAAUGAAACAAAAGCCGAUAAAUUUUUUUGGCAGCAAUACUUCAAGACGACAGUGCAACCAAGAGACAAGAUAGUAGAAGCAGGCAUAUACCUAACUGACCUUAGCAGACAAGCUAGGGUUUAUCCAGACGCAUGGAAACUUUUCAAAAGGAACAAAUAUGAUUUUUACGUAGCAAUAAUGGCGCCUUACAAUGGAGCGUUAUUCAGGCUGAAUGAGAAAGAGCAUCAAGCCCAGGCCAUAGCAACGCUUGAGAGGCAUCGCAUUGGUACUACAUCCCCUCUUCAUCUCCUCCUACUACUGUUCCUACGUAUAACCCUUUUUGACUCCUUCCUCUCCUGCCUCGAGUAUAUUAAGUAUAAGUUGCAAUCUGCUGGCAUUGGUAGGCUCUUGUAUAACAUACGACUAGGUCAGUUUCUGAAUUGGGUAUGGUGCUUCCCUAAAAAAUAUUUAUUUGACAACAAGACACAGCUACCACCAACUGAGUAAGAGAAUCAAAUUUUAUAAAUCAUAAAUUAUUAGACCAUUUUGUGUAAGGCAUGCAUACAUACUAAAUUCAUUCUUUAUAAUAAUUUAUUCAAA